CGCCCCUGUGCCGGGCCCCGGCCGCGGCCCUGCGGGGAGCCGGCAGCGAGGGGUGCGGGGGUGCGAGGCGGCGGCCGCUCCCCGGGAGCAUGUCAGAAGGCCCGGAGCAGCAGCAGGAUGAAGACUCCCAUAGCUCCUUUGUGGCAGAAGAUAGUCAGCAGUGUGCAGUUCUUACAGAUUCUGUUUGUGCUGAUCUUUUUCCAAGGGCAAAACAGAUUCUGCUACCAUCUAAUUCAGAGGCAGAGGUUCCCCAUCUUCAGGAGCUGCCGAAUCUGUGUGACUUACCACCUGUAGGUCAGUUUUCCCAGGUGUACUGGCCAAACCAAUGUGAAGUCAUCAGGGACAGAAUUGAGCACAUUGAUUGGAUACCCACUACCCCUGAGCCAAUGUACACUCCAACAGGUUUGGAGAUGAUGCCGCCAUACCAACCUCCUGACAAAGGCACUGUGGUUUAUCUGGGAGAAGAAGCUAACACACACUCCUGCUUCAUGUAUUCCCGAGUGAGAGGUCUCCACCCCAUGAAGCAGGUCCUCCAUCAGAAACUGGACAACACGCUCAUCUUUGAAGCACGGUUCGAGAGUGGGAAUUUGCAGAAGGUGGUUAAAGUCCUGCAUUACUUGACAUUGCAUCACGCUGCAGUGCUAACCAGCAUCAUAACUGUUUGCCUUCUUUUGCCUACCAGUAAUGACUUUGAGUACCAGCUGACCCUGCGCACCGACCUCUACACGAACAGACACACGCAGUGGUACUACUUCCAAGUCAGCAAUACUCAGGCAGGGAUGCCGUAUCGCUUCACCAUUGUCAACUUUACCAAGCGUAACAGCCUGUAUAAACAUGGUUUGCGGCCACUGUUGUACUCAGAAGUUGAUGCUAAGCAGCACAGUGUUGGCUGGCGAAGGACAGGAAAUGAAAUCAAAUAUUAUAAAAACAAUGUGGGCGAAGGUGGACGUCGGUAUUUCUCACUCACUUGGACGUUCCAGUUUCCUCAUGACAGAGACACCUGCUAUUUUGCCCACUGCUAUCCUUACACCUACUCCAACCUGCAGGAGUACCUGGUGGACAUCUCUAAAGAUCCAGUGAGGUCCAAGUUCUGCAAGAUUCGUAUCUUGUGCCGUUCCCUGGCAGGAAACAUAGUGCAUGUCUUAACUAUCACCAACCCUCCUGAAAGUGGCAACGACACGAAGAGGAAGGCUGUGAUACUAACUGCGAGAGUGCAUCCAGGAGAAACCAACAGUUCCUGGAUAAUGAAGGGAUUUCUGGAUUACAUUCUUGGCAAUUCAGACAAAGCUCAACGGCUCCGGGACACUUUUGUCUUCAAAGUGGUUCCAAUGUUAAAUCCAGAUGGUGUGAUUGUGGGAAAUCAUCGCUGCUCUUUAACUGGACAGGACUUAAACCGCAAAUACAGAUCCAAGGUGAAGAAAUGUUAUCCUUCCAUCUGGUAUACCCGAAACAUGAUCAGAAGAGUGAUGGAGGAACGUGACAUUUUUCUGUAUUGUGACAUCCAUGGUCACAACAGAAAACAAAAUGUCUUCAUGUAUGGUUGUGAGAAAGAGCAGCAACCAAAAGCACCGUACUUGCAGCCACGUGCCUUUCCACUCUUGCUGAGCAAGAACUGCCCAGAGAAGUUCUCAUUCCCAGACUGCCGUUUCAGAGUACGAAAGAGCAAAGAAGGUACAGGUCGAGUUGUAAUGUGGAAGAUGGGCAUCAACAACAGCUACACUUUGGAAGCCUCUAUUUGUGGCUCUAAGUUGGGCUGGAGACAAAGCACCCAUUUUGAUAUGAAAGACUUAGAGUCAAUAGGACAGCGUUUCUGUGAUGCUCUCUUGAACUACUCUGUUCAUAAUGAGGAACAAGAGAAAGUAGUGAGACAGCAAAUUAAGGUGAAAUCUGAAGUCCUCAAUUCUGAUAUAUACUGGGAUUCCAGCAGUCAAACUUCUGACAGCUCAGACACGUGUGAUCUUCCUGCACACGGGCAAAAACCAGGCUCUAAGAAAGAAAACAAAACAUCAGGAGAUCAUUUUAACGGUAUUGCUAAGGACAGAAGUCAUGAAAGCAAAAAUAUGCCAGGCACUGAAACUCAACAUAAGAUAUUUCAGGAAUCUGACCCAGUAGAAAAAGUAAAAUUGCCAAUUACAGCCUCUGCCAAACAAGUAGGAAAGGAUUUCAGCCCAGAGAGACUCACCCAUGAUGCUGAAGGCAAUUGUAGAAAGACAUCUGUGCCACAGAAGUCAGGAAAAAGUGUGUGCCCUGAUAUAAUCCUAUCCACAAGAGAAAGUUUCCAUUCAUCCAGCUUUAAUCUGAUUUCCCAGAAGACAAAGAAACACGAUGGCAGAAGUGUCUCCAGCUCUUCAGAGAAGACAUUUCAAUAUUUAAAAGGCUCAGGUCAUGAUCGUAGUGCAAAGAGCAAUUCCAAAAAAGAAGAAAGGAAAAUGGAGAGUCUCCCUUUAAAGCCCACAAGACUCAGGAAAAACAGGACAGCAAGCCAAGAUGUAAAUUUUAGGAAGAGUAAAUCCUGCCAGGCACAAAACACGUUGCAGUUCUCUCUGCCCUUACUGCCUCAAGCAAAGAAUAGUCAACCUGCUGCAAAAUAUCGGGAUGUGUAUUGGAGUCCCAGUUCUUCAGCCAGUGAAGGCCCAUGAAAGAGUGUCAUCCAUCUGGUUUGCUUAAACAAUUCCUAAAACAAAGUAACAUUUAUCUUAAACAAUACAUACUGUUUCUGUAUGGUGGACCCCACUUGCAGAAGGAACUGUGUGAAUAGCUAAGUGACCCCUCACCCCACCACCCCUUCUUUUUUUUUUUUUUCCCUUCUUUAACUCUAUUUGGAAGUUUUCCUAAUAUUCACCAGGAGAGUGAUUAUUCACCAAGCAGCAGAAGCCACCAUCCCCUGAUCAUAGUGGAAAAAUUGGAGUCAUAAGCCAUGAAAAUCAUUUCCCCUUUCACCAGCAAACCAAAUAAAUUUUACACACAGAAAAAUCUGACAUAAAAUCAGUACACAAAUCAUGGAACUCCUUGCUAAAGGAUGUGGAUGCAAAAACGGAUUCAGUUGGACAUGUACCUUAAAGAUAGACCACUGAGAAUUUUUAAAUAGGCAAGCCACAUAUGGCUUGGGAAAUGUCCUCAGCUGACAAGAGCAAGAACCUAGGAGAGUACUUGGAAAAAGUAUAUGUUUGUUCCGUUCCUACUCUCCACUGGGCAUCCACACAGAGUCAUCUUGGAGACAGAGUACUGUGAUAGGUGGCCCCUUGGUCUAAACCAGUAUGACUAUUUGUUACAGUCAUACGCCUGCAUAGUUUGUGUCAUCUGGGGGGGGUAUAGUACUGUACGGACAUCUGAGAAAAUGAAAUAAGAUUAAAAAUUUGGUUCUUUAAACAGG